GCGGUUUGAUUAUGUCAACAAUGACAUGUCAUUUUUGACAGACGAAAUUUUAUGUCCGAAAAGCCGGUAAUUAUUUGUGUGAUUAGUGAUUAAUUUACAUUUUUGAAGUUUGAAAAAUAAGUAAAAAUGUCUUUGCUACCUCUAGAGUCUAACCCUGAUGUUAUGAACAAGUUUCUUCACUUGCUGGGGGUUCCUGGCAAAUGGAAUAUUGUGGAUGUUUAUGGGCUUGAUGGGGAUGCCCUGGCUUGGGUACCAAGACCAGUGCUGGCGUUAAUUUUGUUAUUUCCUUGUAGCGAACAGUUCUAUAAACAUGCUGAAGAGGAAUGUGCAAAACUGAAAAAUGAAGGUCAAACUCUUUCUCCCGAUCUUUUCUACAUGAAGCAGUAUGUUUCGAAUGCCUGUGGAACAAUUGCACUUAUACAUUGUGUGGCAAAUAACAUGGAAAGGGUUGGACUCCAAGAUGGGCCUUUUAAGAAAAUUAUAGAAGACGCCAAAAAAUUAACUCCUGAAGGGCGUGGCGAAAUGCUCCUCAAAUCGAAGAAUAAUGAAGCACUUAACUUGAUAUCUACUCACCAAGAACUGGCCAUGGAGGGACAAACUGAGGUAAAUCCAAAUGAACAAGUAAAUCACCAUUUUGUGGCUCUAGUCGAAAAAGACGGUCAUUUGUAUGAAUUAGAUGGACGCAAAGAAUUUCCAGUUAAUCAUGGACCUACAACAGAAGCCUCAUUUUUGGAAGAUGCUGCCAAAAUCUGUCGCGAAUUCAUUGCAAGAGAUGCCGAAGAUGUCAAUUUUACUGUGAUGGCGUUAACUGCUUCAGACAACUAACUUAAAAAAAAACAAGCAUAGACCUACUAUUAAUUCUAGUUUGUUUUAAUAAAUGUUAAUUUAUUUAAACCUUAACACGAAUAUACCAAAAAUAUCAAAAAAUGGUUCACCUAUAAAUUUCAAUUACCAGCAUAGCUUUUGUUGGGCCUUGUUUAGUUAAUUAAUUGUAUUUUUUAUUUUUUUGCACAUUGGUUAUGCGAUUUGUAACAGUGGUAUAAAAUAAAAAUGAAACAUUUUUUCA